UUGUUCUUUUAUGGUUAGCUCACUGAAACUCUCUUGUCAAUUAUGGGAUUUGCUUUCCUUAGAUUUUGGAGUUAUUACUGUUGCAAGAUUUUGUUCAGAUGGUGACUUUGUUAUUUAGUGCAUAUGUUUUGUCCGUACAUACGUAGACAAAUGCUUCUUGAAUCUUGGUUAUUUUUCAUGAACUUCAUUGCUGGUUUUUGUUUUAAUGUAAUAAAAAAACUUUCUUGUUGUUCUGUGUGCAUGUAGGUUGGAUGUUUGUUGUAAUUUCUGCGAAAUCUGUGAUUGCAUAUGUACUUUUUGACACGGACCGGCAACCUCACCGAUUUUGUUUCCCAAUAGGUGGACUAAUUCAAGGAAGCAAUCUAACCGGCCACUAGGGGAAGGUUCGAAAUAAACUCGGGACGGAACAUAUGAUUGGCCCAACAUAGAAAUUGAUAACACGCGAGUGGGAGUGAUAGGCAUCAAGAGGGCCAUGGUUUUCUACCACUACGCCAACGCCUCGGGUUGAACUAACCUUAGUAUGUGUCUCCUAAUGGAUGCACAUGCAAAUUCACCUUCCUGUAAUUUGCUUGUACUAGGUCAUGUGAAAAAUCACUUUUUGUUUUUGGCGGUUGGAUUGCCAUCUAAAAAUUGAUAGAGGCACAAUUCCGUUUCUUCUGUGUAAAUUGUAAUCGAUACCAUUAUGCGAUGUGGGUAAUGUUUCGCCUAGUGCGACCCAACCCCACUUGGAAGUAUUGUCUGCAUUGGCCCAACCUUAUGGAAGACCUCACAGUUUGUCCCUCUGAGCUCUCAACCAAAAAGGCACCUCUAAAAUGGAAGUGUCAUGCGCCAUCUUUUAUGUCCAUCCUGGACAUCAUUCGGAUCAAAUGUGGUAUUCCAAGCAUGUCAUUUAGAUGUGAUUGCACACGCUUACUAUUUCUGAUGGAUUGUGUUGGUAAUUCCUGUCGUAUAUGUUUGGAUUUUCUUCUCUGGGCCCAUCGGGAAAUAGUUCUACUGUAUGUCUAGUAUGUGUAAUAGAUACAAACACGUGAUGUGGGUAAAGUUUUUCCCUCAAUAUUUGUUCGAUUAGAGUUUGUUGUAAUAGAUGGAGCUUGGUUGCCAUAUCAUUAUCAUCUAAGAGUGAAUCAAAAUGCCUUCUAGGGACUUUAAUUGCUCUGUUGCUUUGUUUUUCCUUCAAUUUUGUUGCUAGCAAAUCUAUAACGGCCAUAAAGUCGAAUGCAUAAAUUUUGCAGAAGGUAUUAUAGAAACUUGAAGAUUUUAAGUUGCGAACUAAGCAAAUAAAUUUGGAAACCAAGUGUUAACUUCCUGCUUUUGAUCAUCCAACAGUUUGUAGUUCUGCUGCUUGUGAUAAUCCUUUUUUUGAUUAGUUGCUUGUGCAAAUUUGAAAGAGGGGAUGGGAUGCCUCAUUAAGGACUCGAUUUUUCAAGACCUUCGAGAAGCCACAUUUUUUAUUUGAAAACAUCUCAUUAUCACAUGCAUGAUUGCAAGGCAUUGAGAAGUUAAGCUUAGUCCGAUAAGAAUCGCAGCAUGAAUCCAGAACAACCAUUGGCAGAGUUUGAUUGGGAGAGUAAUCUGCAUUCCUCUCCAAAAAUGACUGCCAUAAGUCCAAGCGCAUAAACUUUUGCAAAAAGGAUAAUGAAGAUUGAUACUCAUUUUCUGUAUGUGUGAACUUAGCAAUUGAAUCUAUAAAUGAUAUGAAUAAUUUUGUGCUUUUUUCUUGUGACAGGUAGUGAUUCUACUCCCAGUGUUAAUUCUAUAAAGGGGCAUGCCUUAUUUUUUUCGUUUUUUGAUCGGCAAGGGGCAUGCCUUAUUUGAUACCUGAUUUUUUCAAGAUCUCUGAGCAACCCGAUUUUCAUUUCUCAAAACAUCUCCGUUAUCAUGUACUCUGUCUAAUGCGUUGAAAAAGUGAGCCAAACUCAGAAAGGACUGCAUCAUGACUCCAGCUAAACCAUUGACAGAUAUUGAUCGGGAUAGUAAUAUGCAUUCCUCUCCAAAAGUGGCAGCCCACAUUGUGAACAGGAUUUUGUUGGCCAAAUCAUCUGGGAAGGAUACAAUGGGCAUAAGUAAUUCUCUUGAUGCUAUCAUCAAAGUGGAAGAUCCAUGUGAUGAACAAAUUACGGCUCAAGCGGAUGCCAGUGACAUCAAGAUAGCUGAAGACCCAGAGGCAACUGACUAUUCAAGCUCUUUUGAUGGCACAGUAUCUGGGACAGAGAAUUGUGCUGAAAUGAGUGAUGUGGAAGUUGAAUCAUGCUUUGGUGGCGACAAUGGUUUCCCAUUUGAUGGUUUUAGUAGUGUGUUUCCAAUGAGGAAAAAGAAGUUGACCACUCACUGGAGGAGAUUUGUACGUCCGCUGAUGUGGCGCUGCAAAUGGACAGAAUUGAAAAUUAAGCAAUUUCAAUCUCAGGCAUCUAAGUAUUCCACAGAGCUUGCAGCAUAUGAUCAGAAACAGUUGGAAUUAGAUCAUUUAACGUCAGAAAAUUUCGCUUCAAAGCCAUUGCCAUUUACUGUUCAAAGCCAUGGGAACAAGACCAUGAAGAGAAGGAAAAGAAAGAGAGUUGAAGAUACAACUGAUGUCACUUUAUAUAUGUCACAGCAUAAACUUUUCUCCUACAAUGAAAAUAAUACGUCUGACCCAGAUAGCACUUUUGUGGCUGAAGAAUUCAGUAAUCCAGUGUUUGCAGAAAAAAAUAACACCAGUCGUGAUGAAGGUGGCACCUGCAAUGAUAGUUCAUUUUAUGAAUCUAAAGAUGGUAAUGAAUCCUUGGAGGAAAUUCUUCAUAGGAUUGAAACAGUACACUCUCGCGUUCACAAGCUUAAGUCUCAACUUGUCGUGGUAAUUGGUGAAAAUGGAAUGAAGUUGUCCUCCUCAGAGAAUUUGAGCCUUCUUGUGCCCUGUGAUGGACAGAAUAGCUCUGCUCAUAGUCCUACUUUCUCUGCAUGCAAUGGGGACACAACAUCAUUGGGAGCUCUGAAUAUUCCAAAUCAAAAUUUAUCAGAAUACGACAUCGGAGAUUUCAUGCUGCCUGAAAGCAUGUUCUCGAGCUACGGAGAGGGUAUUUUUGUUCCAGAUAUUAUUGAAAGCACAGUUAGUGUGUUAUCCUCGGCUGACGUCACCAUCCAUCAGUCGCAGAUUGGAGAUUCGUGUGAAGAUCAGAUUAUGGAUAAUGUCAUACAUUAUCAACAAGCGGAACUAGAGAUUAAGCAAACCACAGAGAAGCACCGGGAACCAGAAGGAAGCGGACAAGAAGAAAGCAGCGAUCCUUCUCCAUUUCCGGCUUCAGAACCUGACCUUCCACCGAUAACGUCCACACUUAAUGAACAAUCAAGACUGACAUCAUGUUUAGGAUCAGAAAUCCAUUUCCCCAAGUCUAAAAGAAAGCGAGGGGAGCGUAAAGCUGGUUCGGGCAAUUGGAGCCGGUGAUUUGGAAAUUCAACAGGUAUCUGCUAAUCUAAUCGGAGAAUUGCCUCUAUGACAAAAUCAUAGAAAUGAUAACUUGCGACAAAAUGGUGUUUCAGAUGCAGUUGGCUAUUUACCCCAUCUGUUGGAUCACCUUUCUUGUCACAAUUUAGCUUCAAUACAUUUAGUAUCAAAACACUUGUGAAAUGUGAUGCAAGUAGUUUCGGGUCCAGAUAAAGUAGCUGUGAGGCUGAGAGCUUGUGUUAACAGUUCAUGGGGAUAAGCAGGUUGUGUACAUUUUCACUGGUUUAAUGGAACUUUCUUUUUUUCCCAUUGUGAAA